CGGGGGCGAGGCGAAAAAAAAACAUUACGAGAGGUUGGGAGUCACAGACAUGAAUUGUGACGUGGGCAACAGUAUUGGGGCUGGAAAACGAGAGGCAGGCACCGCAAGCAAUAAAAGAUCCUCCUAGACCCGAUACAGCUUCAUGUUCAGGGACGGCAUCUGGCUGCUGUCCAUGGAGAUAAGUGUGACUGUCCUUGUUUUUAUUUUUAUAAGUACGUGAAGUAGAAAGGACGUCUCAUCCUCCAGAGCUUCAGUGGGGAAUUGACUGCACAGGCUGGACACCUCUGAGUAAAUGAACAGUUGGCUUUUUGGAUGGGCCUACCUCAAGGGAACUUUUUUCACGGAAUGUACCUUUCAAUGACACUUCGGCUUUCACUUUGAAUCCCCUCUGGAAUAUUUAACUUGAAACUCAGUUUAGGAUUAACGUUAUUAUUUAACUGUAUAUAUUGCUGAACUGGUCGCUAACUUUACUUGGCAUCUGAAAAAAAUGGCACUUUAUGUAGAAGGUCUGAGUAAAGGAGUGGCCAACGGAGGGAUGGCUCAGUUCCAGGAAAUGAUGCGACAGCAGCUGGAGAGCUCCAUGCACACCGAGCUGGAGAAACUGCUGGACACCACCACAGGCGCAGAGAGAGAGGUGUCCAGGAAAGACUUUGAGGGCUUCAAGAAUCUUUUCCACAGAUUUCUGCAGGUGAAGGGUCCAUCGAUAGAGUGGAUCAAGAUACAAAGACCUCCAGAGGACUCGAUCCAGCCCUACGAUAAGAUCGCUGGCCGAGGCCUGCCGGACAACGUGGCUGACUGCCUGAACAAACUGGUGGUGGUGAAGCUGAACGGAGGCCUGGGCACCAGCAUGGGAUGUAAGGGCCCCAAGAGCCUGAUCAGUGUCCGCAACGAGAACACCUUCCUGGACCUCACGGUGCAGCAGAUAGAGCACCUGAACAAGACUUACAACACAGACGUGCCGCUGGUUCUCAUGAACUCCUUCAACACAGACGAAGACACCAAGAAGAUCCUGCAGAAGUACACACACCACCGUGUCAAGAUACACACCUUCAACCAGAGCAAAUACCCUCGCAUCAACAAAGAGUCGCUCCUCCCUGUGUCCACGAACUUGAGCACAAACGGGCAAAGCGCAGAAGGCUGGUACCCUCCGGGGCACGGCGACAUUUACGCCAGCUUCUACAACUCGGGCCUGUUGGAACAGCUGAUCGCGCAGGGCAAGGAGUACAUCUUCUUGUCCAACAUCGACAACCUGGGAGCCACCGUCGACCUCCACAUCCUGCACCACCUGGUCAGCCAGCCCAACGGCAAGCGCUGCGAGUUCAUCAUGGAGGUGACGGAUAAGACGCGCGCCGACGUCAAGGGUGGCACGCUGAUCCAGUAUGAAGGUAAACUGCGUCUGCUGGAGAUCGCCCAGGUGCCCAAAGCCCACGUGGACGAAUUCAAAUCAGUGUCAAAGUUCAAGAUCUUCAACACCAACAACCUGUGGAUCUCUCUGGCUGCUAUCAAGAAGCUGCAGGAACAGAAGGCAAUGGACCUGGAGGUUAUAGUCAACCCCAAGACGCUUGACGGCGGGCAGAACGUCGUCCAGCUGGAGACGGCGGUCGGCGCCGCCAUCAAAUGCUUCGACAACGCCCUGGGCAUCAACGUGCCUCGCAGCCGCUUCCUGCCCGUCAAGACCACGUCGGACCUGUUGCUGGUCAUGUCCAACCUGUACAGCCUGGACGCCGGCUCUCUCACCAUGAGCCCCAGGAGAGAGUUCCCGACAACGCCGCACGUCAAACUGGGCAGCUCCUUCACCAAGGUUCAGGAGUACCUGACCCGCUUCGAGAGCAUCCCCGACAUGCUGGAGCUCGACCACCUGACGGUGUCUGGAGACGUCACCCUUGGGAAAAACGUGUCGCUCAAGGGCACCGUCAUCAUCAUCGCCAACCACGGAGACCGGAUUGAUAUUCCGGCCGGCUCCAUGCUGGAAAACAAAAUCGUAUCUGGCAACCUCCGCAUCAUGGACCACUGACGCCUUUUUCACACACAAAACGCUCCCUCCCCGCGUGACCUAGUCGGCUUUAUCCCAGCGAUGUGACCCGUCAUUUUUCACCGCAUUGUUCUCCCUAAAGGGUAUGUGUGAUUGUAUGUGCAGUGCUACUCUGCAGCUUCAACAUUAGGUAGUACUUUACAUGGUUGAUGGUUGGGAGUGCUUGUAGCUGGGAUAUCCUGCCCCCUGCAGGCUGUUUAUUAUAAAAUGUAAACCUCAAAUAGUGUUAAUAAUACCCUACCUUUAGCGGUUAUAUUAAACAAUGACUUAAAUCCAUGGUAGAGAGAAAAACAACAAAUCAGAUUCUAUUUUUUAUUAUCUUUUUAACUGUGAUUUUGACUGUUCCUUUCUGCCAAAACAGACUCAAAAUAGAUACUAUAAUAAUAAUAAUAAUAAUAAUAAUAAUGUUAAUUUAUCAUCGUCUUCAUGCUCUGUGUGCUCUUACAGCACUGCUAAUGCAAUCACACAGUGUACUUACAUAGAGAGGUAAAGUCAUGAUGAGUUUUGACCAUUUAUUUCAAGCACUAAGAUCUCACUAUCAGACUCAGCAUGGUUCCACAAAAUACAGCGGUGACAAGAUCUGUCCAACUGAAAGAGAUAACCGAUAUAAUGUGCAGUUGUCCAGUAUCUGUACCUGGGGCUAGAGCCUGUCCUAGCUCACAGAUAUUUACAAUACAUACUAAUAAGCAACCAUUGACACUCCCACGAAGUUCAGUUUCCAGUUCAUCGUCCACGCAGACACACACGGAGAACGGCCACGCAGAAAGAUUCGAACCCUUCACUGAGACACCAUACCGCCCUGUGAUAACUCAAAUGAAAGAUAAAAUAAGUGUUAAAAUCACUCCUAAAUUUGUCUUCUUACCUCAGACGUAUCAUCCAUUCUAGAUGAACAUGGACGGAUAUGAAGCAUGUUCAAGCGUCCACUGAAGAGACGAAAACAUCACAUCUGUGUGGCCCAAUGGGGGAGGCUGUAACGUUCCUCAAAUCAGUACAUACAGCAGACCACGUUUUUUAUUUUUUUGUUCAGUUGAGGUUAGACUGCCGCGGUUUUCAUUAUGGAAUCUCGUUGUGCCCUUUCUUUCUUCUGCAAUGUUCUACGGAAACUGGACUGGAGAAUUAGUGCCAGUAGUGGAUAGAAAACGUGCAUUCAUUUCCCUCGUUGCCUCGUCGUCGUAGCAUUAGCGCAGAGUGGGUUCAUCGGAGAGUUUUUGCUCUAAACGGCUGCCUGCUGCAUCUGAAAAUGAUGCUUGUGAUAAGAGCGGUGGCACCGGAUCAAAACGGUAAAGUUGCAUGCCAGAAAACCAAAACAAUCCGUUGAAAUACGCUAAAAAGCUCCGCUGCGGUGAAGUGAGAAUUCUCUGAGUGACACCUUUCACCUACAGGUAGUCAUUUGAUCCAUUGUUAAUAUAAAUAUUUAGAGCAGCUUUAAAUGAAUCCAUUUUUUUUUUACAGGACAAUACAUUAGGAAUUUGUGGAACCAUUGCAGUAGUCAAAGUGAAAUUAGUCCAGAGCAAUGGCAACUAAGACUUCCACCCAAUAGAGCGUAAAAUAGACUUGAACUGGUUAUAUCUACACCUCCAGUGUCCAGGCUAACCUUGGGCUUGUCUUGACCGAAAAGCUCCCAAGAGUUUGUGGCAUAGAGGAGAUGUGUGAACAGCCUGUGUCUCUGUGCCUGUUUGGUGCCCUUUCAGUAUAUUUCAAAACCGUAAUAAUCAUGUUAAAGUGAAGGCCUUUAUUUGUUCAGUCCCUGUGUGACGUAGAUUAUGGAAAAUAUCACAAUGUCGUGCAUUAUUUUUGUUUUUGUAUGUUUGCUUACAUUAUGACCUUAAUGUUGAACGAAACCGCAUGCCUCACUACGGUGUCAAAUCUCUCCUGUCGCCUCUGUCCAUCACAUGACUCAGCGUUAACUCUUCACACAAAGCAAAGACAAGAGGUGCAAUACUUUUCUGAGGGUUGGUUUACACACACACACACACACACACACACACACACACACACACACACACACACACACACACACACACACACACACACACACACACACAAAGUUCCAGUGUAAGAAUACUUGAGAUGGGUCCGACGUGCGGACCAGAAGCCUGAAAGCAAUAAGUGUCGAUUUGUGACUGUGACGAGGUCUCCAUCCUCAGAGCUGAAUAAAGUGCAAUAUGAAAUAAUGA